UGUGUGUGUGUGUGUGUGUGUGUGUGUGUGUGUGUGUGUGUGUGUGUGUAAGGUUGGAUGUCUGACUUUCUGUGGGAAGAAUAAUCCUUCCAGCAGUAGGACCCAGAGGAUUUUAGAAUGACCAACUGGACCAGCACACCUUUAUGUUGUCUGAGGCAGGACAAAGAUGUGAAAAAAAGUUGUUGAACACUGUAACAAAAAAGGUCGAGCUUGGAGCCAUGUCAUUGGCUAAGAAGAGUGAGAGAGGAAAAUGCAAUGGCUCUUGAGGUCAGAGCAGAGGCAGCUAUAAAUGAAUCACAACAGACAGACAACACCUUUACUAACUCCACAGCAGCGCUUGCAUGGUGAGCUACCAUCACUCAUCUCAACAGGGGCAAUAUGAGCGCGUCUGUGGCCGUGUACAGGAAUAUUUACACGGAGGACCGCUUCAAGCAGGCCUAUGGCUCCGAUGAUAGCACGAGUGGAAGUCUGCGGCUCCGGGAGAAGCUCGCGGGGAGUUGCAGGUGUUCAAGACGAGCGUGCCUCCACCUGUUGAGAGAGAGAGUUCCCAUUUUCAACUGGCUGCCACGAUACAGACUGAAGAAAUGGAUUUUAGGAGAUACUAUUGGCGGCCUGACGGUCGGUAUUCUCCACAUUCCUCAAGGCAUGGCCUUCGCCUUACUCACAUCUGUGGCACCAAUAUUUGGCCUUUACACCUCCUUCUUCCCUGUGGUCCUCUAUAUGUUUUUUGGCACAGGUCGUCACGUGUCCACAGGUACCUUUGCUGUCGUGAGUCUGAUGACUGGCUCUGUGGUGGAGCAGCUGGUUCCCACUCCUCUGGAGAUGAACUCCAGUUCCUCUGAAGCAGCUGACUUCGAGGCCCAGAGGAUCGGGGUUGCCUCAGCUGUAGCACUUCUCUCAGGAAUUAUUAUGCUCUGUAUGUUUGGUCUUCAGCUGGGCUUCCUCUCCACCUAUCUGUCAGAGCCAAUUGUUAAGGCUUUCACCAGCGCUGCUGCCUUCCAUGUCACAGUGUCACAGAUACAAAGCAUGCUGGGACUGCGGCUCCCUCGCCACACUGGGACCUUCUCCCUCUUUAAAACUUUAGCGUCAGUGAUGGAGAACCUGCCUCACACCAACAUGGCGGAGCUGCUGAUCUCCAUGGUGUGUUUGGCUGUUCUGGUGAUAGUUAAAGAAAUCAACAUGCGUUACAGAAAGCGCCUUCGUACACCAAUCCCUGUGGAGAUCCUUACGGUGAUUAUUGCUACAGGUGUGGCCUACGCCUUCUCGCUGGAUUCUUCUUACAACAUUGAGAUCGUUGGCCACAUCCCAGCUGGAUUCCCAAAGCCACGGAUGCCUGCCGUGCACACUUUCCCUGACAUCGCUGGAGACACAGUAGCCAUCACAUUUGUUGGAUACGCUGUGUCGGUGUCUCUUGCAAUGAUUUAUGCCGAUAAACACGGCUAUUCCAUACAUCCAAACCAGGAGCUCCUGGCUCACGGUAUCUCCAACACGGUAUCCUCUUUCUUCACCUGCUUCCCCAGCUCAGCCACUCUCGCCACCACUAAUAUACUCGAAAGUGCUGGAGGAUACACACAGCUGUCCGGCUUGUUCACAAGUCUGGUUGUCCUGAUUGUCCUGCUGCUGAUUGGCCCGCUCUUCUACUUCCUACCAAAGGCAGUGUUGGCAUGCAUCAAUGUGACCAGCCUCAGGCAGAUGUUCCUGCAGUUCCAGGACUUACCUGAACUGUGGAGAAUCAGCAAGAUUGACUUGAUGGUGUGGGUGGUUACCUGGCUCUCUGUAGUGGUAUUGAACGUGGAUCUUGGCCUCGCUAUCGGAGUGGUUUUCUCGAUGAUGACCGUCAUCUGCCGCACACAAAGGGCAGGCUGUUCAGUGCUUGGUCGGGCCAGCAACACAGAAAUUUACCGACCUCUGGAGAACCACAACAAGUGCUAUGAGGUACCUGGAGUGAAGAUCCUGACAUACAACGGGCCUAUUUACUACGGGAACCGUAGCUUCUUCAGGGAGGAGAUGAGCAAGCUGCUGGGCCUGACGCCAGAGAAGAUCCGCAGCCGAGAAAAAGCUAGAAAAGCCCUGGAGAAAAGAGAGAGAGACGCCACCGUCAGCACUGUGGAGAGAGGCAUUGCAAACACAUUGUUUUCUUCAGAAAAUGAGUUCUUCAAAUCUGAAACAUCAGAGAGUGACGUUCAGGCAGUGUUAAUCGAUUGUAGCAGUGUGACAUUUGUUGAUGUUGCUGGAGCAAGACUUUUUGCACAAGUGUGUACUGAAUGCCAGAAAGUUGGAGUUCAUGUAUAUCUGGCAAACUGCAAUGAGAGUGUCUUAAAGAUCCUAACGUCGAGUGGUCUAAUGACCUACAUGAACCCUCAACAUAUUUUUGUCACUGUUCAUGAUGCAGUGAUGUAUAUUCAACAGCAGAAGGAAAAACCUCCAGAGAGCACCACGACUGUUUGGGUGUGAGCCAUGAGGAAAGUGAUGAGUCAUGCUCUGACGAAGGCACACUGCAAUAAGACUUCAGCAGGGACUCUGUCUCUCAGCUGCAUAGCAAUGCUCCACUAUUUGGUCCAUACUUCACUAUAUUAUAAAGAAGCAGUAGCCUGUUUUAGCACUAUGUCAUGAAUAACAAUAAUUGUAACAUUACAGUGUUAACAGUUUUACCACGGAUACUGGAUUCACUCCUGGCACACAUUACAUUUCUGAGGGCUUUAAAGUAUGCAGAUACAAGAGACGUACUCAUAUAUUUGGUCCAAAAAAAAGAAGAAAUAAACAAAUAUGUUAUUUUUGACUUAUUCCUAUAGAACUGUAUAUUGCAGAUUUUUUUUCUUAUAUGCUGGAAUAUUAGCACAGUGGUAUUUAUUUCGUUUCUGUUGGUUGUUUGCAAUACUGAUGAAUAUAAAGUGCACUGAAUAGUUUGUUAAAAUACUUUGUGUAUUUAUAUAUUUUGAAAUAUGUGCUUGACUAUGCAACUAUGUACAAAAAGAUCUCACUGCCUUAAAAAGUGUAUGUAUUUUAACUCCAGAGAGACUGCACAAAUUGUAUUAAUUACUUUUGUAUUUGUCAAACGUUUUGACAAUAAAUAUAUCUUCAAACCUGA